CUUAAAUAUUAUUUGUUAGUUAAUACGUAUUGUCUUCGUCAUUUUCUAUGUUUUAUUAAUGAUAGUUACAUCUAGAUUCUCAUUAAUAAUAAUAGGAGUUCAGACAGAAAUAGGACAUGACAUAUUCUGUGAAAAUGAAUAGAAACUAACAAAACAUCGUGAUUUACAGCUGUUCCUCGGUUCUAAGUAGUUUUAAAGUUAUAUUCGGUAGUACAUUCACACCAAGAUUCAUCAUCAAAACAAAUAGCAACUACCUUCUUAUCAAUUACACUGAACGUCAAUUACACUGAAUAAUCCUUAAUUGCGUCGUUAAAAUCCCAAGUCCUUUUAAUUAUGAAAUAUAUUGACCGCCCACGAUUCCUGAUUGACCAAUAAAAACAACAACAACUGCAUUGAUUUUUAAAAUAACCAAUAAGAUGUUAACAAUUUCCCCAAUUCUUUCAUCCAUUCACACAAAGCUCAUAAAACCUUGAUGAUAUUAUUUCUGAAAUAAAAUGGAAAAGGUCUUUGAUUUACAGUCGACAUGAUCGGCACUGAGUUCUUGGAUUAUUUAUCAAAGUUCCAAGUCGCUACCUAUGUCGGAGUUGAAGAUUUUGCGGAUAAAUUUAAUUUUCUCAUAACAGUUAUGGUUCUUAUGCUUUGUACAACAAUUGUCACUAUCAAACAGUAUAUGAUGAAACCGAUUUCAUGCUACAUGGCAACAGAUUUGGGUGGAAAAAACUUGUUAGAUUAUGUUGAGAACUACUGUUGGGUUCAGGGCACUGUCCCUAUAGCAUAUUCUGGUCGAGUACCAGAGACAGAUGAAGGUUGGGCGGAAUUAGAGAAGCAUAAACUACUGUAUUAUCAGUGGGUGCCAUUUGUUCUUGGCCUACAAUGUAUUUUAUUCUAUUUACCUCGAUUAAUUUGGCAAAUGAUAUGCUAUAACAGAGUUGGGACAGAUGUACAUCAUUUAGUUUUAUGUGCUAAUCAAGCAGUACAUGCUAAUGAUGAACAAAGAACUAAAAUGGUACAACACUUAGCAAAAACAUUAGAACAAUUAUUAUUUCAGCAACGUGAAUACCAUCAUGGAUUAUGGCCUCGAGUACGUCGUCGAAUGAAAAAAUGGGGUUAUUUAUUCUUCAUAAGUAAACGUCUUGGGACACGAUUAUUUGGAAUUUAUUUAUUCAUUAAAUGUCUUUAUUUAUUAAAUGCAAUCGGACAAAUAUUUAUGAUGCAAUCAUUUCUUGGUUUAAAAUCAAAUUAUACAUUAUUUGGUAUAACUAUAUCUAGAAAUAUUUUAUCUGGUCUCGAUUGGGAAGUGACAAUGAUUUUUCCACGUGUUGGAUUUUGUUUAGUUCCAUUAAAACAUUUUGGAUCUAAUAAUUAUGCAACAGCACAAUGUGUUCUACCAGUAAAUAUGCUUAAUGAACGUAUUUAUAUGUUUCUAUGGUUUUGGAUUGUUCUCACUGCAACAAUUACAGCUAUCAGUAUACCAGCGUGGUUUACACGUAUGAGCUAUGAAAAAUCACGUACACGUUUUAUAAAAAAAUAUUUAAAACUUGGUGAACAAGUUAGUAGGAAAGAUAGAUAUAUGGUAGAAAAAUUUACCGUAUUAUUUUUACGUAAUGAUGGUGUUUUUCUACUGCGUAUGAUUGCUAUCAAUGCCGGUGAAUUGAUUUGUUCUGAAAUAGUUUGUCAAUUAUGGCAUAUAUUUCGUGAAAAAUAUUUUUAUCGUGAUUUAACACGUUGUAAACGUGGUUGCGAUGAAAUGCAUCAUUUAGGCUUGAGAUUAUCUCGUGGUAUUGUCAAUUUAAAAGAAAGAUAUUCCAAAGAAAAUAAACAAAUUAAAUUAGAAGCUACAGCUUCAGCACCUCCACUUACUGAUGCCCCUCUUGGAACAGAUGAAGACGAAGGUGGUUACGCUGAUGAUGAUGAAGAUGAACAGAAAGAUAUAAAAAAACAUUAUAGCAAAAAAUAUUCAUGGGAACAAAAAGAGUCCGUUUGACUAUAUUAUUGUUAACACACAUAUCGUCACCUGUAACAGUCAUAAACGUUGCUUUGAGAUGUACAGAUUACAUAUUCAGCUCAUUUUUUUAUAAACAUUUUUUAAUGAAAAAUAUUUAUUAUUUUUUUGUUACAUUUGCUAUUUAUUAGUGAACUUAUUGAAGAUAUCUGAUGAGUUAUCUUUAGUUUACUCUCCUUUUUCUUGUGUUCACUCAAGAAAACAAUUUCCCCUUAUUGUACAGUUAACCUUCUCAUUGAUUAUGUUUUCUUUUUUUUUUAAUUGAUCGAGAGUUUAUGCAUUUACGUAAAUCAUUUGUAAUUAAAUUAUUCAUCGUUAUACUUUAGAUAUCGGUAUUAUUAUUGACUAAUAAAGGUUCUCUAUGAAGAAAUACAUUGAGAAUAUCAUGUAAGCGAUGUCCUUGGUUAUGUGCCGAUCACUAACUAAUCGCAAAAUUUAUCAUGCCCUAAAUGAAAUCCAUUAAAGCUUACUAAAGAAUUUUUU